AAAUCAUUGAACGCUCUGCAUUGAUGGUACUGUCAUUUGCCGGAAUUGCCAACUGUCGGGCGAGAAAACCGUGACAUAUCAUCUGCCGAUUGUCCAGAUUCGAAAUUUAUCAAGUCAUCAACAAUGGCCGAAGUGGAUGUUAUUAUUCCCGAAAGAGACGAAAUUCUAGAUUUGAAACCCAAAGAUGCACCGCCGAGCACUCUCGAGGAUCUGGAACUAGAAGAUUUGUACGUGCGCUAUAAGAGACUACAGAAAACGCUCGAAUUUCUCGAGGUGCAGGAAGAAUAUAUUAAAGAUGAACAGCGAAACCUGAAGAAAGAAUAUCUCCACGCCCAGGAGGAAGUGAAGCGAAUUCAGUCCGUCCCGUUGGUAAUUGGACAGUUCCUGGAAGCUGUUGACCAGAAUACAGGCAUCGUAGGCUCCACCACCGGAUCUAAUUACUAUGUGCGUAUCCUAUCUACAAUUGACCGGGAACUGUUGAAGCCCUCGGCGUCAGUGGCGCUUCACAAACACAGCAAUGCGUUGGUCGACGUACUCCCACCGGAAGCGGACAGCUCCAUUUCCAUGUUGCAACCAGACGAGAAGCCAGACGUUAGCUACGCAGAUAUUGGAGGGAUGGAUAUGCAAAAGCAGGAAAUUCGUGAAGCUGUCGAGCUUCCCUUGACGCACUUUGAACUGUACAAACAAAUUGGCAUUGAUCCUCCGCGUGGUGUGCUCAUGUACGGACCCCCUGGCUGCGGCAAAACUAUGCUGGCCAAAGCUGUGGCUCACCACACGACCGCUGCGUUCAUCCGCGUUGUAGGCUCUGAAUUCGUGCAGAAGUACUUAGGUGAGGGUCCGCGUAUGGUGCGUGAUGUGUUUCGCCUGGCAAAGGAGAAUGCGCCUGCUAUCAUCUUCAUCGACGAAAUCGAUGCUAUCGCAACGAAGCGUUUCGACGCUCAGACCGGUGCCGAUCGCGAAGUGCAACGUAUCCUUCUCGAAUUGCUAAAUCAGAUGGACGGCUUCGACCAGACGACCAACGUGAAAGUAAUCAUGGCCACGAAUCGCGCUGACACACUUGACCCGGCGCUGCUGCGUCCCGGUCGUUUGGAUCGGAAGAUCGAAUUCCCACUGCCAGACCGCCGACAGAAACGCUUGAUCUUCUCGACCAUUACGUCGAAAAUGAACUUAAGCGAAGACGUUGACUUGGAGGACUUCGUGGCGCGGCCGGACAAGAUCUCGGGCGCGGAUAUUAAUGCAAUCUGUCAAGAGGCAGGCAUGCAUGCAGUGCGCGAAAAUCGGUACAUAGUUUUGGCGAAGGACUUCGAAAAGGGCUAUAAGAACAACAUCAAGAAGGACGAGCAGGAGUAUGAGUUCUAUAAGUAAUUUCAUAGUCGCUUGGUGCUGCUCUACUUUCCAGACGCUGUUGUGAGCUAUGUACCCAUUCUUUAGAAACUAAAUUUAUGUUGUAAUAACUUCCCUUUGUAAUAAUUCUUUACGAAUAAGAGUUGAAAACCAUU